AUGACAACUCCGGAUUCGGAUAGUAUUGCCGAUCCGUUCGGCGGUUCUGAUCCACCAUCAGCACCACUUACAUUUCGUGCACCGCCCGUCUCAAACUGUGCCAAGUCGAUAAUCGAUCGGAAGCUACGGAAGUAUGCAUCAGAAACAUCGUUUGCAACCGAAACUGCAAGUGAAUCAAGUCUCGAAAGAGAAGUUCCAAGUAGAUCGAGAGUGUUCACAGUGAAACCGGUUGGAACACGUACACCUGGUGGGAUUGUUCUGACCAACGGUGCUAGUAAUAAUAACAAUUCAAACAACGGAGGAGUUCAUCGUAGUAGAAGACGACAUGAUUCGGAUGCCAGUGGAUCUGCCAACUCGGAAGCUACGGUGGCAUCUGGAGCCAACACACCCAGAAGAUGUCACUUCAGAAGGCCAAAGUCAACUAGUGAGAUGCAUCAAUCGUGUACAUCAGCUACUAUUCAUUCCUUGGAAAGUCAUCAUAAUGAGGAGAGAAGGGCUAGCCAUGUCUAUAUGAUCGACGAUGAUUCAGUUCAUGAAUUUGAAGAUGAUGAUGACAUUCGAACACCAGAUGAGACUUCUGUGGAGGGGAAAACGGAGUAUAUACUAGAAAAGAGACAUUCAGAAAACCCAGAAAAAACUGUGUAUUUUUGUAUAUUCUUUUUUACAGAUGAAUAUGAUAAUGUGACCUUGAUGUAUGCGAAACACGAGAAGAUUCCGAUGAAGGACUUUGGCUCCGAGAUUCGAGCAACAAUGGACAUUGACCAUUUGUUGAAUAAGGCGGUACUCCUUCUCGAUCUUCAGGAGACAAGCCUCGAGGAGAUUUUUGCCAAAAUAAUUCAUGAGAUGGAUAUCCAAGAACCCGAGUUUACGAGCGAACAAGUCAGAAGUGUUCUCUUCACACAGGACGCUGGAAAUCAAUUUCACAUCCUCUCCCGAACAGUACAAUCGAUCUGUACAACUGGAUCUGUCGGAGGAAGUUUCGAUUACGAUCAAACGUGGAUUUGUGCUCUAUGCAUGCUGAAUACAGUUCAGCAUCGCCACGUGGCAAUCGCUCGUCUUUCGCAUCCAACGAAUUUGGGAAGGACAAUGCAAGAUCUUCGAUUCAUUAUCAUCGUGAUUGCACCUAGUAGAGCGAAAGGAACAAAAACUGCGCUGGAAACCACCCGAACAUUCGCCACUCUCUUCGCUGAUAUGGAAAUCCGACAGAGAUUAGUGAUGGCUCAAAGUGUCGAACAAUUCCGUUCUACUCUAUUAUCAGCCGCUAAAGAACUGGCAAUGGAUCAAAAUCAAUGGAGGGAAAGGAAAUCUUCUAUUCAUUUGAGUCAUGCCAAGGAGCAAAUUUUUGGUCCAGAAGCGUGGUAUCCAUUCCGAGGCCUAAAAGACGAAUUCAAACGACGUCUUGCAAUCUAUCCAUCCGAUUAUCUCGAUGGAAUCCGGGGUCAUAAAACUGUUCAAAAACUCUUCUCAACGGUGGUAUUCUUGUAUUUUGCGUGUCUUCUUCCAGCAAUUGCAUUCGGUGUGCUCAAUGAUGAUAAUACAAAAGGAGCUAUUAAUGUACGGAAAGUGAUUAUUGCUCAAGCGAUCGGCGGUAUUUUCUUUUCUCUAUUCGGCGGUCAACCUAUGAUUAUAUUGCUUACAACAGUGCCUUUAGCGAUUUAUAUAAAAGUGAUAUACAAAAUAUCUCAAGAACUCGGAUAUGACUUUCUGGCAAUGUAUGCGUGCGUCGGUCUGUUUUGUCAAUUGUUCUUGAUACUCUACUCGGCGACUGAGUUGUGCAGUUUGAUGAAAUUUGCAACAAGGUCUGCCGAGGAAAUGUUUUCACUCUUCAUUGCAAUUGCAUUUACGGUCGAAUCAAUACGGGCAAUACACAACAGUUUCAAAAAGAACUACAACGAUUGUGACACGUCUGCGAUAUCUAUGAAAGCGGCUCGAACAGCACUGGACGCAUUUCAAAACGGGACAACGAAUACAGAUAGCAUCGUUGGCAAUAUCACGAGCAGUAUGAGCAUCGGAGAUACGGGAAGUCUCUGUAGAAGAGACACGUCCAUUCUCUAUAUGCUUCUGAUGUUCGGAACUCUUUGGCUAGGAUUAUUCUUGUAUAACUUCCGAAAGACACCAUAUUUGACUAGAUCGAGACGAGAGUGGUUGGCUGAUUAUGCACUUCCAGCGUCGGUUCUGAUCAUGUCGUUCACCGGAUCUUAUGCGUUCUCCGAUAUUGAAAGUGAGUUUCUUUCUCCAAUGAUUCUAGAAGUUCUAAUGAUUAAAUGUGUUUUAGAAGACCGAUUCAACCUCCGUUUUGAAUUCCCACUGAUCCAAAUGGCUGAUAUCUUCUCUCUACCACCAUCCGGAUAUUUUGUGUGCCUUCUUCUCGGAUUCUCCUUAUCCUUCCUGUUCUUCAUCGAUCAAAACAUCACAUCAGCAAUCGUGAACAACAAUCAAAAUAAGCUGAAAAAGGGAACAUCACAUAACCUGGACCUCUUUGUUGUCGCUCUUCUAAAUAUGUUCUUAUCAGUUUUUGGUCUUCCAUGGAUGCACGGAGCUCUUCCUCACUCGCCACUUCAUCUCAGAGCUUUGGCAGAUGUUGAAGAAAGAGUUUCUCAAGGACAUGUUCAUGAAGUAAUCAUGAAUGUCCGUGAGACUCGUCUGGCUUCUCUCAUCGCCCAUGUCAUGAUCCUUGUCUCAAUGUUCUUCCUGAUUCCGUAUCCCCUUCAACUCAUCCCAACGUCGGUUCUUCAUGGUCUUUUCCUGUAUAUGGCUCUGACCUCGCUGUCCGGAAACGAGAUGUUUGAACGGUUACUUCUUCUGAUCACAGAGCAACAAGCCUACCCGCCCACUCAUUACAUUCGAAAAGUUCCACAACGAAAAGUGCACUUAUUCACUGCCUGCCAACUCCUCCAGCUCAUCAUUCUAUGUGCUUUCGGUUUCUCACCUUACCCAUUCAUUGAGAUGGUCUUCCCAAUUGUGUGCUUCUUCUUCCUUCCAAUACGACACACAUUGAUCCCCCGUCUAAUUGAUUACAAGUACCUUGAUGCUCUGGAUGGACGUCAUUAG